AUGCAGAUUGUUUCUACAAACAUUUGUGAAAGACUGUGCAACAAGUCCAUCUGUGAAAUUUCCUUGCUACUAAAUAUUGCACAUUAGUGGUAUUAUAAGAAAGUAAAAGCUACUGGGAACAAAAGCAACUCAGCCACAAAGUGAUAGGCCACAUAAAAUGACAGAGCGGGGUCAGUGCAUGCUGAUGCGCACAGUGAGCAGAAGUCGCCAAAUGUCUGUAGAGUCAAUAGCUAAAGACCUCCAAACUUCAUGUGGCCUUCAGAUUAGCACAACAACAUAUGUAGAACUUCACGAAAUGGAUUUCCAUGGCCGAGCAGCUGCAUACAAGCCUUACAUCACCAAGUGUAAUGCAAAGUGUUGAAUGUAGUGGUGUAAAGCACGCCUCCACUGGACUCUAG